AUGGCAAUUGGAGUCCUCCCACUGCCAUUUGUGACCUUUCGGGAGAUCUGGAAUCGCAGUUUCUGCCGGCCUCGGGAGCAGCUGGUGGACGUCAUCACCGAGUUCCCCAACGAGGUGGAGUACAUCUUCAGACCCUCCUGCGUGUCCCUGCAGCGCUGUGGAGGCUGCUGUGGUGACGAGGGGCUGCUCUGUGUCCCUGUGGAGACGAGCACGGUCACCAUGCAGCUCCUGAAGAUAAAGCCCAGUGGAGAGGCGCCCUAUGUGGAGAUGGCCUUCACAGAGCACAAGCGCUGCGAGUGCAGGCCGCGGCAGGACCCGAUGAAAUUCGGGAGGAGGAGAUCGAAGGGCCGAGGUAAGAGAAGACAAAACAAGAAGAGACGUAAAGACUGUGAACUAUGUGACCUGCCGCGCAGGUAGCCUCCGCUGUGCCCGCGGCCCCGCUCCUGGGGUCUGAG